CCCAACCAAAGUCACGUUGGCAACGCUGCUGGUAAAUAAUGGCGACCGACGAAAGAAAUUUUCGUUCUGCCUAUUACGAAAAAGUCGCCUCGCGCAGCGUCGAAGAAAAGAAAUCGCUCGAAAUCAUACUCAAAGACAAACCAUUGGACAGGAGGAAGCUGCAGCAGUACUGCCUCGCAUUUUGCGUUCCCAUUGCUUACAGGAACUUGCUAUGGAAACUGCUGUUAGAUGUGGUGCCCGUGCAUGUUGAAGCACAUCCGUUCAUAAUGAACCAAAGGAAGCAGGAGUAUGCGGAUCUGAUGAACGCCGUGAAGGCGAUGAAACUCGUGGACAAUUCCACGCCCAAGUCGCAGGUGUUUCUUGUCAUGUGGCUGCUGCAGACCGGCAAAUUAACGUUCGAUUUGAAUUUGUUCAAUGAUAAGGGGUUUUCUGCAAUCAGUCAAGUUUUCAUGCAGUUUUUUGAUGACGAUGUUGAUGUAUAUUGGUUAUCCAAGAAUUUCUACCUCAAAAUAUUGGACUUUCAGAAUGAUAUACCAGCACUUGUGGAAGGCGUCUAUAGUUUAUUACAAAAGGAAGAUCCAGCACUGUUUAAAUACCUUGAAUCCAACAAUAUAUUAGAUAAUUUGCCCAUGGAGAAAUGGUUCUAUUCAUGUUUUGCGGGAAUUCUAAACGAGACUGCUUUGGGAAAAAUCUGGGAUAAAUUUGUAGGGGGUUCAUUAAAAAUACUAUGUUUCGUCGCCGCUAAUCUUUUAAUGAUAAACAAGGCCAAGUUACUCAAAUGCAACGACUGGAAUGAAGCUUUGUCGUGUGUAAAAGAAAUUUCUGAUGAAAUAGCGGAUGUGAUCGCCAACAAAUCGAUAGAUAUGUGGCAACAGUACGGUACCCAUUUGGUAGUGGACGUGCGAAUUAUUAAGUGAUUUAAAUUUUUGUACAAUUAUCAUUAGUUCCUAAAAAGAGCGUUUUUAUAUUGUUUAUGUUACGUUUAUAAAGAAAUAUAUUGAUUUAUCUAUUUCA